AUGAGCCCACGCAAUUCAACACCGACACUGCGCGACCUCAUCACCGCAGACCCAGGACUCCCUUAUCCUAACCCAACCACCCCAUACUGGAUCUCCGAUCCCGGUCCCCAUCCUCUGGCAAACACUAGCUCACCGCAACUACCAGAAACCGCCGACGUCGUAAUCAUCGGAUCUGGGAUCACAGGCACCAGUAUAGCCUUCCACUUGCUGCAAGAAGGACCUCCAGACCUCCGAGUCACAGUCCUCGAAGCGCGCUCCCUGUGCUCGGGUGCGACGGGUCGGAAUGGCGGCCAUCUUGUCACUUAUGGCGCGGUAUUAUACUCGUCCCUGAAGCAGAUGUUGGGCCGGGAGCUAGCGUAUAAGGUCCUCAACUUCACUUUUCAGAACGUUGAUGCAGUUGCGGAUGCCGUGCAGCGGUAUGCCCCGCAGGAGGCUGGCUAUCGGGCUCUUGACCGGGUGAUGUGUCAUGGGGAUGAGGAGGGGUUCGCAGAGGCGAAGAGAAGUGUUGAGGAGUUUGAGCGGGAUUAUCCCGAGCAAGCCGGAAGGUACACCUUCCUCAGCCCGGAGAAGGUGAAGGAGAGCUACGGCAUCCAUGGUGUCGCAGGGGCAAUCAAAUUCGCCGCCGGGGCUCUCUCCCCCUACCGAUUCAUCAUGAAGAUCUGGGAGACCCUGCUAGCGAGAUAUCCCGACAAUCUCACAGUCGAAGCGCACACACCCGCAACGAAUGUCACUCAGGUUCCUAUAUGCUCCCCUGAUCACAAAUACAGGUACCGGGUCCACACGCCGCGAGGCGUCAUCCGGACUGCAAACGUCAUAUACGCCACAAACGCGUAUACGGGUCACUUACUCCCCACAAUCCGCGGCCACAUAUGGCCCUUCCGCGAGACCAUGACUGUACAAGGACUCAGCAACAAAAUUCCGAACCGCGGAGUCACCACUUCAUGGAGUGUGCAUCAAGACCCGGUUUACAACAGCACUAGUGGUAAAUCGGAAACGGGGACCCUAUAUCUGCAGCAGAAUCCCAGGAAUGGCGACUUUUACUUUGGCGGCGCGUAUGCAAACGCAGAGGAGGCUCUCACCUCGGAUGAUAGCGGAAUGACUGCACAAGGGACGGCCUAUCUUCGCAAGGAACUGUCGCAGCUCUUUGGGCUAAACCAACACGAUAAAACCAGACUUGUUAGCGAGUGGACAGGUAUCCAGGGUUUUACUGCCGACGGAGCACCCUUAGCCGGGCCAUUGCCUUUCUCUGUGACUCGCCGCGAGGGCGGUCGUGAGUGGAUUGCUGCGGGGUAUAACGGCGGGGGAAUGGCUCUCUGCUGGAGGAUGGGUAAAGCAAUUGCAGGCAUGCUACGGGGUGAGGACGUGAGUGAGUGGUUCCCUGAAGUGUUCUAUGCCACCGAGGAGAGGCUGGAGUCGACUUUGGCGGUCGACGUUGGGGUCGCUGGAAUAAAGGAGUAUUUUCCUGAUUAUCGGGAGCAGUAA